AUGGCUCGUGGACCGAAGAAGCAUCUUAAGCGUCUAGCAGCGCCAAAGCAUUGGAUGCUAGACAAACUCGGAGGAGUUUUUGCUGUUCGACCAAGAAGUGGACCUCACAAGCUGCGAGAAUGCUUACCUCUGAACCUCUUCCUUCGCAAUCGUCUGAAGUAUGCCUUGAACUAUUCUGAGGUGAAGAAAAUCAUGCGUCAGCGAAUUAUAAAGGUUGAUGGAAAGAUCCGCACCGACCACAAAUUCCCUGCUGGAUUUAUGGAUGUGAUCAGCAUUGAGCGAACCAACGAGACUUUCCGCCUUCUAUAUGAUGUCAAGGGCCGUUAUACGGUGCACAGAAUCACAGCUGCAGAGGGUCAAUUCAAGCUCUUGCAAGGUUAA